CGCUGAAGACGGCCGCUAUUCAAAUUUGUGCGCGAAACACGCAUUCGUAGACGACGAUUGUUUUUCAUAAUUUUCGAAAGCGCAGCGUGCUUGAUUCCUGCCAGAGUUGAUAUAUGAGUUGCAUUGGGAUCGGAGAGGUUAUCUUUCUUCCGCGAUAAAUCUUAAAUACCGCAAUUUGAAUACAUUUCGUUAAUAUUGAUGGACUAUGUGUUUUAAAAUACUUGUGUUGUGUACAUUGCCAAUUUGAUUGAGUGCCAGCUGGUGUGGAUUCUGGAGUUGAUUUGUGAUUAAGAGUAAGGAAUUUCCGACAACAUGGAAGUGAAGUUUUUGGUGUAUGUUAUCGCGCUGAUUGUACAAGGUGGUCUAACUCUCCACCUAGCGGAACUCCGGAUACCAGCCCACGCCAUUCGAAACCAGAGCGCUAGAUUGGAGUGCCACUUCGACUUGGAUGGAGAGACACUGUACUCUGUCAAGUGGUAUAAGGAUGGCAAUGAAUUUUACCGUUAUGUCCCGCGAGAUAUGCCACCAACGCAGACAUUUCCGCUUCCUGGAGUUACAGUAGAUAUGCACAACUCCACAGAAAGCGUAGUAGUUUUGAAUUCAGUUCAACUUUCUUCGACUGGAAUAUACAGGUGCGAAGUUUCUGGAGAGGCGCCUUUCUUCGAAACUGUUACUGAACACCAACGGAUGAUCGUUGUCGCUCUUCCCGAGGAGGGUCCAAAAAUAACAGGCGGGCGUCCCCGCUAUCAAGUUGGUGAUACCGUUAAAGUAAAUUGCACAUCUGGAAAAUCUAAGCCAGCCGCCCAAUUGGACUGGAUGAUCAACGGGGAACGAGCGGAUCCAAAGUUUCUGAGAGGACCUGAAACUGUGGUCCUAGGUCGAGAAGGUCUCGAGUCGUCCGUUUUGGGUCUGGAAUUCAUUGUGAGGCACAAGCAUUUCAAGAAAGGCAACAUGAAGUUGAAAUGCCUCGCGACUAUCGCCUCCCUCUAUCUAGUUAGCAAUGAAGAAAGCGUGGAGGGGGAACGGCCGCUAAAAGCGGCUGUUUUGGAGAGCCGCGGAACUGCCGCCCCUUCGGGCUCCCGAGCGGAUCGGGUUCAAGCUGCAUCAAGCCGAACAACAUCUCAUAAUUCUCAUGCUUCGUUCCUACUAUUCUGCUGUAUCCGCCUGUUUAUGUUUUUGAGAUAAAUCUACCAUCGUUGAUGACGAUGAAAAAUGCUUCGGCAAGCCAAAGACUUUGAAUGUGAGUUCAACUCUGAAUGUGAGUAAUACUCUAUUAAUUCGCUGCUUUGAACAUUCCCUAUGUAUAUUUGAGUUUCCAUAAGUUUUUGGCGAUGUAGUUUCAUAUGGCACUAAUUGGUUUUUUGUAAACUAUAUUUUUUCUCCGGCGAAAAUGAAAUGAGACCAAAUCAAUAUUAGUCAUGAUGGAAAAACAAAAUAACUUCCUUUGAAUAUUUAAACAAGUGAUGCGAAUAUUGUGAACUUGUAGAAAAUUGUGUUUCAAAUGGCCAAAUCAAACGAUAUGGGUGAAAAUGGUGAGAACUGAUAAUGUAAUGUUGAACCAUAUUAUUUUCAGUUGUUACUGAGAAAUCUGACGAAUCCUUUUUUCUGUUUCAAAUCUAGAAAUAUUUGUCGACGUAUUGAAUACCAAAUAUAAUAAAUUUGAUAUUGGAAACCUCCUCAGUUUCAGGGAAGUGAAAAACCUGAAAAACAGGAAAAAUGAUGAUUUUCUUAAAAUCAACUCCUGGAAAUACUAUCAUUGGUGUAACACCUGGAUGGCAAGAAGAUUUAUCAACUUCUGGCAGAAUCUUCCAGGAUUGGCUCACUCCAAGGCGAUU